ACCGAAUCCGAAGACUAAUGUCUAUCUCAAAUACCUUCGAGAAAUCGUCCAAAUCUAACGACAUCGGUGAAGUUUACCCUCCAAUAUUAUUUUGAUAUUCUAAUUGAUAACCAGAUCAAAACGAUUCGAUUUUUAUUGAUCAGAUUAUUGCUCAUCAUUUUAUGUUUAUUUGGGAAUCCCUACCGGUGACAUAUCCGGAAGUCACUUCUCAGGGGCGUAACCGAACAGGUUGAAAGAAUUUACGAACUCGAAGAGAUACAAGAUGGGUACGAAAGAUGAUGAGUACGAUUAUUUAUUUAAAGUUGUUCUCAUUGGAGACUCUGGUGUGGGCAAGAGUAACCUGCUAUCAAGAUUUACAAGGAAUGAAUUCAACUUAGAAAGCAAAAGCACAAUUGGUGUGGAGUUUGCAACGAGAAGCAUACAAGUUGACAACAAGACGAUAAAAGCACAGAUAUGGGACACAGCAGGUCAAGAAAGAUAUAGGGCAAUUACCAGUGCAUAUUACAGAGGGGCAGUAGGAGCGUUGCUUGUAUACGACAUUGCAAAGCAUCUAACGUAUGAAAAUGUAGAACGGUGGCUCAAAGAACUUAGAGACCAUGCAGAUAAUAAUAUUGUUAUAAUGUUAGUUGGCAACAAGAGUGAUCUGAGGCAUUUGAGGGCGGUCCCAACAGACGAAUCCAAAGUCUUUGCAGAAAGAAAUACACUAUCCUUCAUAGAAACUUCAGCCUUGGAUUCAACAAAUGUAGAACAAGCCUUUGUUCAAAUUUUGACAGAAAUUUACAAGAUAGUGUCACAGAAGAACAUUCGAGAUGGUGGUAACGGUGAGGACUCGCCCAGUUCAGAUGUGAAACCCAUAACCAUUCCACCCACACAUGGCUACACUGAACCCAAUAAGAGGAAAUGCUGUCAAUCAUAAGGUCCAAUCUUCUUAAUGGCUCAUCACUCACACACAGGGAGAUGUUAAAGAAAAAAUAAGAUAAUGAAAGGAAAUAGAUAUUGAAAAUAUUAUGUAAUAUUAUCUCCAACUCUCUUGGUUAUCCUGUUUAUGGCCGAAUGGGUUGGGGAUUGAUACCGUACGAGUCGUAGGAAUAUUGUGGCAGAUUCGACCCUCUAUCUUUUGUACAAAUCUAUUUGGUGUGUGUGUAAUUUACGGAGAUAUUCUGUGAAACUUUGCAGUAAGGAUGGCGGGGAAACUAAAACUUGUCUGUCAGUACUGCUGGUUGAGAAAAAAAAUGAAUUAAAAUCUAUUGUACAGAAGAUGAGAAAUGAUGGAAAGUCUUGCCUCUGUGGAUAAACUUGUGGCUACAUUGCUCUGGUUCCUAUACAAAUAUGCCCCAUGACAAAGGGAAAGACAGUCAAUGUUGAUAACACUCCUGUGCUAUGCAUAUAUACCAUUUUAGGAACUGCCUGUUACUGUGAUGGUAAUGAGCAAAUGCUCACCAGAGAGCUUUGUCAUAUGCAGAGCAAUGUAGCUGUAAAACUUGUUUGAUAUUAAAGAAAAUGUAGCAAUUUUGAAUUGAAAGAAAGAUGAAUGAUUUGUGUGGUUAAUUAGAGGUGAAUGCAUUCCAUAGGGUUGUGUAGGCUCUAUAGUCUUAAUUAAAUCUUAACUGGGUCUGUAUGAACACUAUUGAAUACCCACUCUCUUGCUCUCUGUACAAGGAAAUACUAUUAAACUCCUGGCUCAUUUGUUAGUGCUGCAGUAGUUACAUGUAUGAUAGGUUAAAUCCCAGAGCCUACAAAUUUAGACUCCCUCCAAAGAGGGAGAUGGGUUGAAUUGAACGUUCCCAUAUUUUACAUGUUAAAUUUCCUAUAAAAAAGGGAAAUGAAAGGGUUGUUUAUGUUGUAAGUGAUAUUUUUCAGAAUGUAGAUAAAGGGCAUAACUGUAUAUGUGUCAGCCAGCACUUUAUACCAAAAGCACUGUACAUUUGGCAUGUUUUAUGCUUUAUGUGGGUGGGAAGGAGGAGGUUAUUGUUUAAUACAUGGUCAGUGGACUAUAUGUGGAAACUGGUUUGUGGCCAUUUUAUAAUUAAUUAUCUUGGAUAAAUUAGAUAAUCUCUUGAAAUUAAUUCAACGUAUGCAUUUAAAAAAAAAUACUUCCAGGAUCCAACCAAUGUAGAUUCACAACCAUAGUAAACUCAAUUAGACAGACCAUUUGAAUUGAAACAGCAUAUAUGGUCAUGCUCUAGUGUAAGAAUACUUUGUGAAAAUAUGGGAUAUUUUUCUGCUGUAAGUUCUUUUAUUUCUCAUAUGGUUUUUUUUCUUCAGAGUAUAAUAUUUUAUAAUACUAGAGUGAUUAUAGAAUUAUUUAUGUUAUUCCUGCUCUCAUUAUUUGAAAAUGAUUUGAUAUGUUUGUGAGCCUUUGUAUAUACUGCCAUGAUUGUUUUUCUUUAAAUGCAGUACCUUGGCCGGGCCAUGUACAAAUCCUACAAAUUGUUAUGUUGAUUGGAUGAAAAUCUGCUCUAUGUGUACAUGCCAUGUACAGAGUAAUCUGAUUAUCAUCAUUUCUUGGAAAUGAGAUGAUUAAAAUAGUGUUCAAAAUGCUUUUAUUACAAUUAGGCCUUAUUCACAGUAUGUAUAAACUAUUACAAUGAUUUCAUAAAAGAGCUAGCAUGCACAGAGUACAUUAGAUAUGUAUGUCAUCUUGUAGGUGAUGACCUCAUGAUUAUGUUGAUAAGGUACACGUAUGUCUUAGAUUAGCAGUUUCCUCCUUCAUGGAAAUAAACUUUGAUUUUUUAGGUAAUGAUCCAAGGAAAUGUUUGUUGGUGCUGAACCUUCAGUGAUAUCAAUUUACUCAGCUCAUAAUAACCCUAUCUGUGGUAUGAAGUUCCUCUUAUAUGGGAUAAUAAAGGAUCCACAACUAAUUUUACCCAGGGGGUGUAAAAGUACUUUCCAGCAGUCCUUGAAUUUGAUAAUACAAUCCUAUAUCUUUCAAAAAUAAUUUUUAGUAAGAAAAUUAAUAUUGGUCACACAUCAUUUAUUACAGGAAAGUGUCCUCUAUUUUCAAAAGUCAAAGGCAGUAAGGCUACAGGGAUACUUAUUGAUGUAAUGUCUUAUUUCAUAGGAGUGGUUUAUAUAUAUUUUUUUCAUUGUUGCAAUGCUUGAAUCUGUGCGCCGUUCAUGUAACAAAGAUACAUGUACAUCAUGUAAAUGUGAGCAACCAUUUAGUGUGGAUACUUUCCCAAUCUUGUCAUACCUCAGAAAGUGCAUUAUGAUGAGCUUUCUUGUAAAGAAAAAGAAGAAAUCAAAAAGAAAUAAUAAUUGGAAAAACAAUUGUAGCAAAGUCAUAGAAAGGAAUGCUAUGUAUUGAGAUAACUCAUGAUUGAUUUCUGGUGUGUUUUUUUCCUUUUGGUUGCAUUUGGUAUUUUGUGUCGUUUCAAAUGCAAAUGCCAUUCUAGUCAUCUUCAUUGUGAAAUGUGAAUGGUACAUAUCAAUGUAUAAUAUCUGGUUGCAUCACACCUGUGUCUAUUAUGUGGCUCCAGCCUCCAGGUCCAGGAUAAACAUAUGCAUGAUGCUCGCUAAUUUAACUUCAUGAGCCAAAAAUUGUUUGUGAGGGCAGGGGGAGGAUGAGACUGAUACAUGUUCUAGUCUACCUAAUUGGGUUAACAGAUUUUGAGACUUCUUGGUAAUUAAUUGACCAUUUCAGAUUGUGUGCAACCCAUCUGAGUUAACUUGUAAAAAUAUUAUUUUGUUUGAUAAACUUAUGAGCAUAUUUUAUUUAACAAUACUUAAUACAUUUAUUUACAAUUGUAAAAUACAUCAGCCACCAAAGAAUGUUGAGCUCCCCCUCCCCCCCACCCCUCCUCUGGAAACUUCAACUUAUUGUUAUGCUAGCUACAUGUUUUUGUAAAAAUUGAGAAGCACUCAUUUACAUAUGCAGAUCUGCAUGCAACGCAAAUCAUAUGUACAUUUGAAAUACAUGUAUGAAAUACUCUGUGCAUUGUACGCAAGUUUCCACAGAAGGGGUGGUUAAAACUACUUUGUGUAUACCCUCAUUUUCAGCGUGUAUGUUAAUCAUGACAACCCCCCCCCCCCCCAUAAGGUAAUAUCCUCUAUAAAAUGUUAAGACUUGUGCAGUUUAACAAACACCCAUAUUUUCUAUUUUUAAGAUUGAGAAGAAUUCCUCCCUAAGGUCCGCAAUAGAAAAUGGUGUUCCUCUGUACUUUAGUAAUUUACACUCUCCACAUUUUUUCUUUUUGUAUGAGAAAUUACAAUAUUAUAUUUAUACUGUAAAUUUUUGAUUGAAGCAAUUCUGAUUCAAAUGUUUAAAGAUGCAAUUGUUUUUUUUUGGCAUAAAUGAUGUGAGAGGAAGAUGUUGAGGUGUAUGUGUUUUAGGUGCCAAGAUUCUAUGUUCAUGUUUCUUUCAUUGCUUCACAUAACAAUCCAUAAAGAUUAUCAUUUUUAUUUCAUAACAGGUUUGUGUGUCUAAUCAUAGAGUCUGUAUGUAUCUGCUUUUCUUGUUAACAUGUGUUUAAAAAGGAAAAUAUAUUGCAUUUGGUACAAGUAUGAUUAUUGGAAUGAAUUGUUGCUAUAUAUAUUGAACUUUUUUGGUUACCACCUAAACACAUGUUAUUCCUUGGAGAGGGAACUGAUGGAUAGUCAAGAAAAAUUGUAUUCCUGUUUAUGUAAACAAGUCUUGUCAAUGUAUCCUUGCUCUUUAAGUAUUUGAAAAUAAAUUGCUUCAUGGCUGUUACAAAUUAAACAAUGAUAAA